AUGGAAAUAGCUGUUUUACCCUUUGGGGUAGAUGACAGGGGGUCAAAGAUUUUCCCAAAGUUUGUGGCGUUCUUAAAGAGCAAGGAUGCCAACGAUGGGACGGAGCAAGCUUUGGUUGAGGAGUUGAAGGCUUUGGAUGAACACCUCAAGAAUCAUGGGCCUUAUGUGAACGGAGAAAAGAUCACAGCCGUUGAUUUGAGUUUGGGACCGAAGCUGUAUCACCUGGAGGUGGCUCUUGGUCAUUUCAAGAAAUGGACUAUCCCUGAAAGUCUGACUCAUGUGCAUAACUACACAAAGUUGCUGUUUUCUGGCGAGUCCUUUAAGAAAACGAAUGCGGCUAAAGAACAUGUUGUUGCUGGAUGGGGGUCAAAGGUUAGUGCAUGAAGCCAUCCUGGUUCCAAACUAUAAAUAGUUUUAAUUUUCUGCGUUUAUGGUCGUGAAUCUUGUGUUAGAUCGAUGUACGUUUGUUGCGCUUGUUAGCCUUUUAUGAUGCCUGCGUAAACAUAACGAACUGUAUGAAGGGUUGGUACUCGUAUUAGUAUUUGUACUUGGACUUUAGGUCACUUGCUUUACCGAAUGAGCAUACAAAGGGUGCGUUUGAUUUGC